AUGGUUAAAAGUGUUAAUCAUAAAUGUGAACCAUAUGAACCGAUAGCACCUUUUCUGGAAACGAGGGUAAAAGAAGACUAUGAGGAACAGUUAUAUGGUUGUAAGCCGUGCAAUGAUGCAUUAUCUGCCGUUCAGUUGGAUGACUGGAAUCCAGAUCCGAGAGUAAAAGUUCUAUCGUGCCUUCCUACCGAUACUACAUCGACCGAUGAUUUUGGUAAAACUUGCACAUCCGCGGAGAACAGCAAGGUCUCUGAGUCAGGAAUUAAGCCCAACCAUAAUGAAGUAGACAACACACGUCUGAAAACUUGGUACAGUGGGCUUUCACUUGCCAGAGCCUAUUCGGAACCCAAUAUCGUAAAAGGCACCAGAUGGGGUUUUACCCUAAUCUUUAAUAUGAUUAACUUCUCUAAGGAAGGUUUAGAACGCAGGGAUGGUGCUGAAUACGACGAAAGGUUAAUAAUGGAAUGCCUCACCGAGCUUGGGUCAGAAGUUAAAAUAUACAGGGACAUGCCCAAAAAGAAUUUGCUGAAAACGCUGGAGGAAUAUUCCAAGAAAGAUCAUUCUACAACGUGUAACUUCGCAUGUUUCAUCCUGUCUCACGGAUCGGAGGAAGGAAUUUACUGCUCAGAUGGGAAAUUUCUGUUCUUGACGGACGCCAUUAAUCCAUUUCGCCAAAUUCUCUGUCCAUCACUGAAGAAAAAGCCGAAAAUUUUCUUCAUAGAGGCCUUUCUAGGUCACAAGGAUCAGU